CAUUCAGUAGAGAAACUGCGUCUCUGGUAUAUUUAUGGUAUGGCUUGUCUUCACUUUGACAUUUGAUACUGAGUUGUGGUUAGGCUACCGGUACAGUCUGUGCGCAGCUGCCUGAUUCCAAUACUUCACUCAAUACCUUGAUUCCAACACCUUCACAACUCAGCUUUACUUUGCUCGAAGACACAUCAGCAUGCCGACAUCCAAGCGCAAAGCAGUCGAUGCAUCAUGCGACCAAGUUUCCACCAAAAAAGCCAGCCACAUCUAGAAUGCGCAGGGAAGCUGCUCGGGAUAACUCAGAACGAAAUCUCAAGCACUCGUCUCUGCUUCGCCUGUCGGGAGAGAUUCGCAAUCGUACAUACAAACAUGUUUUCAGCGGCAACCUGCUACGUAUACUUCCGAACGAAGUCUGCGUCCAUUCUGCACCUCUUUAUCAAUGCGCAAAGCUAUCGCCGGAGAAUUGGACUCAACAGUUGCACUUCACCCGCGUGUGCUUCGAUGUAUAUACCGAGCCGAAAUUGUUACCCUGGGUCUACAGUCACGUCUGGUUCUUCAGCCGCCCUGACCAGGGUGGACAUCGCAAUUCAUGGAUCGAGACAGUUGGUCGUAGCAUCUGUCAUGCGGUUUGGAACGUCGAAAUGUGUGCCCAACCUUCUAUUGAUGCAGAAUACUCGUCGCUGAGACUGCGCGAAGAUCUGGUCGACAUUCACAAGUCUUUUCCGAGCGUCAAGAAGAUUCGAAUACGAGUCGAGGCAAAAGAGUCUCGGCUACCAUUCACACAGGAAUAAGGAGAUGUAGUGCUGGAAUACGCCCUGGAAAGAAACUGGCAGGUGGUCUUCAGAACGGUCGACAUCUAGGAUCACGAUGAACAGAUUUUUAGCUGGAAGUACGGAAUAAAUGGGGGACGCGGUAUGCUGACUCUGCAAGGGUUAUAGCGAGCUUAUGGAUGCUCAAGGUAAUGGCCGUAACCUUUGUGAUUGGAGACAAAAGUAGAGCAAGAUCAGACCUUACUUUCACUUCUUGCUCUGUCUUGUAGCUUCACUUACGAACUCUACAAAGUCCUAGACAUCUUUUACCUCGCUGUCUCACAAUA